UUGGGAAAUGUGAUUGAUAAUUAUUUUGAUAUGUGAUAACACUCGAAAAUCGAAAGAAAUUCACUUCGUUAAAAUAAUUGAGUAAAAAAUGGAAUGAAUAAUUGAAUAAAAACUAGCAGUAAAAGUGAUCAGUUUCUUGUUGAAAACCGAAAGACAGUAUGUUUCAAUUUGCAGGAAUACGCUCACGAUUUGGACUAACGCUUCAUCUGAUAAAGUUCAACAUAAGCAAGCCUGAUCUACGCACCUUCUCAAACUCUGCCAAAUUAUAUUCCUCCUCAGAUGUGAAGCAACUAGAUUACAAUAAUUUAAAGCCAGACAAUAGUUCAAUUAUUCAUUAUGAAAGAAGAAAUAUGCCGGAAGAAAUGGAAAAUCCAUACGUCAAAGAAAAAGAACUAUGCGUUUUAUGCAAACAUAAAAUCACCCCAGACUUCAAGAAUACAAGAUUACUCUCCCAAUUCGUAUCAAGAUUCACAGGACGUCUAUAUGGUCGACACAUCACCGGAUUGUGUAAAGCGCAACAUGAACGUUUGGAAAAGGAAAUAAAGAAAUCUAUAAAUUCAGGAUUGUUUCCGGCGUAUUUCAAAGAUCCUCGAUAUGCACACGACCCGAUGCUCUACGAUCCCGAUAAUCCAUUCAGACCACACAGACAUUGAUUUGUAAUGUUUUGUGUUUGUUUAAUGUAUAAGUGCCUACCUUUGUAUCGUUUUUAAAAAUAAAAUAGUAGAUGAAAUUGAA